GUCUCACUACUGUCUCAAAAAAUUUCAAAAUUUUAUUUUUUAUUUUGAUUUACUACCAAAAAUACUGGGUCGGGGGACGCCGAACCCAUAAUAGUUUUUUUUAAUACCAAAACUACACCUGUGUGCGUGUUGAUUCAUGCCUAAUUAGAAUAGUCUAGAAAUUUUCCCAAAAUGGCUGGACAACUGCUCAAAACAUGCAGAUUUGUUGCUUGUAGGAUUCUCCCAAAUAAUAGAAAUGGUUUUAGUAAUAUGCAACCUUUAGUUCGAACACUGAAGUCUGAAACCAAAGACCUGUUGAAUAGGUUGAAAAUACCUGAAAAACCAAAAAGGCCCUUGACUCCCUUUGUCCAAUUUCUGAAAGAAAGACAACCUGCCAUUGUCAAAGAAAAUCCCACUAUGAAACAAUCUGAAAUCAUGAAAAAGAUAGCGAAAGAUUGGAGAGAGGUUAGUGAUGAGCAAAAGGAAAAAUACGCUCAAAAAUUUGAAACUGAGUCAAAAUCAUACAAUGUUGCCAUUCUGAAUUAUAAUGCAAGUUUAACUAGUGAACAGCAAGAAGGUCUGAAGAGUGCAGCAACUGAAAGAAAGGAAGAUAGAAAAAAGAGGAAGCUUAAAAAGAUAUGCAAGGAAACCAAUAAACCAAAGAAACCAUCAGGACCAUACAUACUGUUCUUACAAGAAGAAAGCAAAGCACGAAAUAUUCCAUUUAAUCAUAUGAUGUCCACUGUCAAAGGGGAAUGGGAGAAACUACCAGCAGCAGAAAAAUCUAGAUAUAGGGAACAGUACUUGGCAGAGAAGAAAAAAUAUGAAAUAGCAUUGAUAGAGUGGGAACAGGAAAUGGUGGGAAAAGGACACCCAGAGCUGGUCAGAACUACAUCAGUAGUUGAUAAUCCAUCCAGGAUACUCUCGGUCAGGAAGGAUAAGAAGGAACCUUACAAAUAGGGAUACGAGUGUCUUCACUCAGAUUCAUCCGCCAAUGCGGGUGAAGACACGUUUCAUAUUGAAACAAAAGAUACUGAUGAAAAAAAUGUAUUCAGAACUCGUGUGAAUAGUAAAGUAUCGUUAAGUGAAACGAACAAUUUAGUUUCUUUUGUUACUGAAGAUCGGAUAUCAAAAAAGGCGGAUAAUGAAAUGAAUAAUUUGAGAAAUGAUCUGGCUAAAUGUGAAAACAAUAUUGAUGAAGGAGGUUCAAUUGAUAAAUGUUCAUCAGAAAAACUACAGAAAACAAACACUGAUAGGAGUAAAUCGUCUGUGAGUGAUUCUAGUAUGAUGAGCAUAUUUCGAAAAAUUUUCAAAUUUUAGUUGGUUGUUUUUUUUUAGAAAUGAAAUAUAGUGAUUGCAGCAUUAUUUUUUUUAUAUUAUUAUUUUUUCAAUAAAUGGUUUUGUUUUUUCUACU